AAUCUCUGCUAUGCAGCCUGCAGUUCGCCGCGAAUAGAGCGACUGAGUCCCGCCUCUUCCUCUGUUGCACAUCCGCAGUUGAGGUAUCACGAGGCAUCUGGAAGCCGUUCUUUCUCUUUUUGUGAAUCGACUCGUGUGGCAGCCAUCAUGGUGUUCAAGCGUUAUGUUGAGAUUGGCCGAGUUGCUUACAUUUCAUUUGGACCACAUGCAGGAAAACUAGUUGCAGUGGUUGACAUCAUCGACCAAAACAGGGCCCUAGUUGAUGGCCCUUGCAGUGGUGUCAAAAGGCAGGCUAUGCCCUUCAAAUGCAUGCAAUUAACUGAUUUUGUUCUGAAGUUUCCUCACAGUGCUCGUCAAAAAUGUGUGCGAGUUGCCUGGGAAAAAGAAAACAUUAAUGAGAAAUGGAAGGCCACCAGAUGGGCAAAAAAAAUUGAGGCUAGGGAAAAGAAAGCCAAAAUGACGGAUUUUGAUCGUUAUAAGGUCAUGAAAGCAAAGAAAAUGAGAAACCGGAUCAUCAAGCAUGAAGUUAAAAAGCUUCAAAAGGCAUCUUCUAUCAAGAAAGCAUAAAUUGUCAACAAAUAACAUUUAAAUUAAAUAUGCACCUAACAUGA